AUGUUCUAUUUUCCAAUAACUCCGAGGCUACAGAGGUUGUACGCUUCGAAAGCCACUGCUCGGCAUAUGACGUGGCACGCAGACCACGAGAUGGAUGGUGAUACGAUGUGCCACCCGUCCGACUCUCCGGCUUGGAAACGUUUUAGUGAACUGCAUUCUGAGUUUGCCGAUGAAGGGAGAAAUAUCAGAUUAGGCUUAUGCUCCGAUGGGUUUCAGCCAUUUACCAAUUUUGGGCAGCAGUAUUCCUCGUGGCCGGUCAUUUUGACGCCGUACAAUCUCCCCCCAGGCAUGUGCAUGAAGGAUGAGUUUAUGUUUUUAACGGUUUUGGUACCGGGGCCUAGAAACCCAAAACACCUAAUGGAUAUCUUCCUACAGCCGCUGAUUGCAGAGUUGAACCAACUGUGGGAAUGUGGAGUCCAGACAUAUGACGUUCAUAAGCGUCAGAAUUUUCAACUAAAAGCGGCUCUUAUGUGGACAAUAAAUGACUUUCCCGCUUAUUCUAUGUUGUCUGGUUGGAGCACUGCUGGUAGAAAAGCAUGCCCGUACUGCAUGGAAAACACCGAUGCAUUCACACUGGAUAAAAGCGGUAAACAAUCGUGGUUUGAUUGCCAUCGCAAGUUUUUGCCUCCGAAUCACCAAUUCCGUCGAAAUGUUACUGAUUUCCGUAAGGGGAAACGAGAGGUCGGGAAAAGGUUUGCAGGGGUGAGAACUGGAGAUGAACUGUUAGCAGAGAUUGAUCGACUGGGGUUUAAGAAGGCAUUUGAGCCUGGUGCGAAAGUUACUAAUGCAUUACUGUCAAAAGAUCAUGGGUGGAAUAAAAAAAGUAUCUUUUGGGAUUUGCCUUAUUGGAGAACGAAUGUAAUACGUCACAAUCUCGAUGUCAUGCACAUUGAGAAAAAUGUCUUCGAUAACAUUUUUAAUACCGUUCUCAAUGUCCCCGGGAAAACAAAAGACCAUGCAAAAUCUCGUGAAGAGUUGAACGACAUCUGUGAUCGGCCAGGGUUAGCUAAAGAUCCGGCAACUGGGAGAUUUCCAAAGGCAAUGUAUGCUUUGGAUAGGGAUUCAAAACGAGUUUUGCUUGAGUGGAUUCAGAAAAUAAAGUUUCCAGACGGGUACGCGUCAAACUUGUCUAGAUGUGUUGAUCUAAAGGGGCUGAAAAUGCAUGGAAUGAAAAGUCAUGACUGCCAUGUUUUUAUGCAACGACUUCUGCCAAUCGCUCUUCGGGAGCUACUUCCGAAAAAUGUGUGGGAACCUCUGACAGAGUUAAGUAUCUUCUUCAGGGAGUUAACUUCCACGUCACUGUCACAGGAAGAUCUAAACCGUAUGGAAACUGAGAUCCCAAAAAUCCUGUGUAAGUUGGAACGUAUAUUUCCACCCAGCUUUUUUGACUCUAUGGAGCAUCUUCCCGUGCAUCUUCCGUAUGAAGCUAUGAUGGCAGGACCGGUCACUAAUAAAGGCAGGGUCGAAGGGAGCGUUAGUAGUGGAUAUCUGCAAGAAGAAAUCGCUAAAUUUGCAUCCUAUUAUUUUGCUGAAGGCGAUCCGAUGUUACCCGUGCGUUUGGGAAGAAAUGAAACUUGUGAUAUGGAUAUCGAUGAAGAUGCCGACAGACUGGGAAUUUUUAAACCUAAGGGAAAGCCGUUGCGUGGUAGCGGCAGGAGAUAUCUUGAAGACGAUGAGAUCAUCGCUGCUCGGACCUAUGUUCUUCUGAAUUGUUCCGAAAUCGAAGAUUAUUGA